AGGACUCUCAUGACGUGUGAGUUAGGUGCACGUCUUGGGUUCAAACUUCUGUUAUGCAGAUUGUUCUGGAAAGAACUUUAUAAUGGAGUUCGCGAAGCAAGUUUUCUGAUCUGUAUAAUGCUUCCUUACAAAUGGACUCAGUUGCACUUGUCUAUGCAUUCGCAGAUAGGAGUACACAUCAACAAUCGCCUUGCAUAUUGAUGCCCCCUUGACUCUUAGCUUUUCAAAGCUCAAUCAGUUUUCUUCUUAAUUAGUUCUCCCAAUUGAUGUAAUGGGGGAAUCGUAUUCUUCCGCCUUUUGAUCUUGCGUUUUAACCCGUUACUUUUCAAGACUACAGAAACUCCACCGACAAACCGCGCUCCAAGGUCCUCUCUUUUCUCCCCCAUGGGGACGACCCUCAAGAGUUCGCAGACUCAGGCGUCGAGUCACAGCGUCCUCAUUGUGGGUAAUUACUGCCACGAUGUUCUCCUCCGGAACGGCAACAUCAUUGCCGAGACUAUUGGGGGCGCCGCUUCUUUCAUGUCAAACGUCUUUAACGCCCUAUCCGUUUCGUGUCAUUUGACAUCGAAGGUUGGACAAGAUUUUAAAUACCCAGUUAGUUAUGACCCAAUUGUUGUGUCCUCCGCGAGGACUACAGUUUUCCAUGCGUACUUUGGUGUGGGUUUGGGCGGGAAUGGGCGCCAAGAUCGGGUCUUGAAACGAGUUGAGGCCUGCGACCCAAUUCGUCCGGCGGAUCUUCCUGAGAUGAGGUUUGAUUUUGGGAUGGCGGUUGGGGUUGGCGGUGAGAUACUUCCCGAGACGCUUCAGAGAAUGGCUGAGAUAUGUGAUGUUGUGUUUGUGGAUAUUCAGGCUCUGAUUCGGGUUUUUGAUAGGAAUGACGGGACCGUGAAGCUUGUGGGGUUAAAGGAGAGUGGAUUUUAUCAUCUGUUACCGAGAAUUGGGUUUUUGAAGGCUUCGGAGGAGGAGGCCUUGUUUAUGGAUGUUGAGGAGGUGAGGAAGUGGUGCUGUGUGGUGGUAACGCAUGGUAAAGAUGGGUGUAAGUUGUAUUGGAAGGAUGGAGAGAUGAAAAUAGCGCCAUUUUCAGCUAAUCAGAUUGAUCCAACAGGCGCUGGGGAUAGCCUUUUAGGUGGUUUUGUUGCUGGGUUGGUUCAUGGGUUGGCUAUGCCCGAUGCUGCUUUGUUGGGAAACUUCUUUGGUUCUCUUACUGUUGCACAAAUAGGUCUGCCCAAGUUUGACUUCAGACUGUUGCAGAAAGUCAAGGAUGAGGUGCAGAGGAGGAAGAUGCAGUACAGGUCUGAUAGCAGAGUUGAAGAGCUGAAGCAUAUGAAGCCAUCAGGACACGAGGAAUUCCAUGCUUCCCUAACUGCAGUUAAAUCAAUGUCUACACAUUCAAUUGAAGAGUGUGAGCAAGAUUUUCUGGUACCGGUACCUCCUCCCAAGGCAGUGGAGCAGGUCAGAAGCCCUCAUUAUACCUUGCAACCUAAAUUGUUAUUGAAUAAUAAUCCUGCCUGCGAGGAACCAAUUGCAACAGUCCAUGGAGAGAACCUUCAGCUCUAGGGAGUCAGAACAUCUAACUCUUUUCUGCAUCAAAUAAUUUUGGCUAGGAGAGUUGUCUUUUCUAUGUACGACCAUGAUUUAGAAACCAUUGAAGAAGAAAAACGUAGCUCGCCUGUUGCGGUAGCAUUUUUGUUCACUGACAUGUAGAGAACCGAGAAUCUCAAAAGGGUCUAGUUUGCUAGGGGAGUAAUGCUGUCUUGAAUCUGCUUCGUUUAUUUUUGAUACAAAUGAUAAAAAAACUAGUUAGUU